GAUUGCUUUGGUCUGCCAUUUUUCUUUAACCAGGAAGUAGCUGUUUCUGUUUACAGCUAGCACGAGUGCAAGUGGUUGCUAGUCACAGCUAGCUAGCUAGUUAGAGUUAAACAAAAUGAACGAAACACAAAACGGAGCGGUGUUUGAUGUCAUUACGGUGCACAAUUUUUCGGAGAAGAUUUUGGAGCAGGUCGUACACUUUCACGUGAUGAAGCUCAGCGGCGGGUUCCUCCUGUGGGUCGGUUCGACUCCCGUCCUGUCCAACCUGGCGGUCUCGAUGAGCAGCAAAUAUGAUUCAAUGCCUUUAUCUACAUUAGUCAUGGGGGACCCAUCCAAUACUGCUCCAAAUUCCUUGGCACAGAGAUUAGCAAAGAAGACCAAAAAGCAAGUCUUUGUGAGUUACAGUCUUCCGAUGACAGACUCCAACCUCGGCCUUUUGGUGGAGAACAGGAUUAAAAAGGAGCUGGAGCUUCACCCUGAACACUUUUGAACACAUUUGAUGGUUCAUUGAGCUCUCUUUUGUGUAGAACUGUGGACAUGCAGGAAGAAGGGCAAUAUAAAGUAGCAGGUGCUUCUCCUGUUCUCGUUUGGACUUAACAUACUCCUUCCGAUACUGUAAUCGUACUCCCACACAAUAACCACAAACGGUCACAUCAGGUGUUCUUUUAUUGACAUAAUAAAUUAAGUGGUUUAUUAUCAAAACAUGUAGGCCUAUGGCUUUUUGUACAAAUGCAUCAUAUUAAAAAAAUAACACUGAGAAAACAGCA